CUCCCUAUGAUUGAGGCAAAGCACUCGAACACAUUAUAGCUUAACUCCAAACGUUUGAUUGUUUGUGCAUAGUUACUAUCUCAGGAAUUUGUGCCUUGUGCAUUAGGGUAUGUGGGCAAUGAGCAUGCAGUCCCAUUGAUGAGUAGGGAUACUGCACAGUUGCCUCCUGUAAUGGACGGACAAAUGGAUAUAGUUACAUGGUGGAUUUCCUAAGGAAAGGCAAAUUCUACAAGUGUGUGACAACAAGCAAACCUAAUAAUCUCUAAUAUUUUAUAUUGUUCAAAUCCAUGUAGGAAGCACUACAUCCUUCCAUAUAUGUAGCACAUAGCAGUUAACUCCUGUCAAAAAAGAUUUUAUCCCUUUUUUGGUUUCCAUACUCUACUAGCAAAGAGUAGUUGAGGCCCAAAAAGGGUUCUUUCCUAUGGAAUCACUGGUUAGGAAAGAGUCGAGUUUCUCUGAAGCUUCAAAUCCACUGAAGAGGCCAAGUGAGAAUGAGCAAGAAGUUGUAGGAGUAAGAGAUCACCAAGAAGAAGCUAGGCCAACUCUCCAAACAGAUCCAGAGCUAACUGCAAGUGAUUCAAGUCAGUGGUUCAAUCGAGAGCUCAACCUUAUUGGCAGCUUCAGCAGCAUGGAUUCAUCUAAGACUUCACCAGAAACUCCUCAAGCUACUGAUGCGGAGCAAAGGGUUUUCUCAUGCAACUAUUGUCAAAGAAAAUUCUAUAGUUCACAAGCACUUGGAGGACACCAAAAUGCCCAUAAAAGAGAAAGGACUCUGGCUAAAAGAGGGCAUAGAUUAAUAGGGAGUCAAUUCGCUGCUUCAAUUGCAGCCUAUGGACAUCCUUAUUUCCACCACCAUCAUCAUUCAAGCAUGGCUUCUCUUCCUCUCCAUGGUAGAUCUCUUGGAAUUCAAGUACACUCAAUGAUCCAUAAGCCUUCUCACCUAUCAUCUUCUAUUGGAAAAUUAUCAAUGGAGAAUUAUUACAUGAAUAUUGCAACAGCAUCAUCGCGUGCCGGUAUGGGUAGGUUCAACUUAGAGAGGACUAGUACUGUAGGUUCUCCAGCAGACUCUGGAACUGGUAGGUGGAUAGGCAGUGGUCAUUUGAAGACUAAUCAAGAUGAUCAUAUUCAGAAGCUUGACUUGUCCCUCAAGCUCUAAAAUGUAUUUUCUUUCUCUUUUGUUCACACUUGAUUUUAUCUUCAGAUUCUGUCCUCUUUAUCACUGGACACAUGUCUAUGUAAAUUUUGGCAAUAGAAGUGCUAUAUGAUUGUUGUUUUUUUAGGAUCUGUUUCCUUCAUCCUUCUUUGAUUUCAGUAGUUCAUGUUGUUCUG